AUGUACCAGAAUAGGCUAGCUGAGUAUCGGAAAAGGGUACUUGUAAGUUGCAAUAAAAGGUGGGACGAUGGAUUCAGGCUACAAGGAAAACCUGUUGUGCAUAAGAAAAGGGUUUUAGAUAUCCAGGCAGGUCAACCAUGUUGGUGCAUAGGUGCUGUUUAUUGUGAAAUGAAAUAUAAGCCUAAUAUCUUAGAUGAAGUUUCCAGUGAUACCUAUGGAUCGGUAGAGCCUGCAGACAAAUACACUGACCCAGAGGGCACAGAUAACGUCAUGCUAGAGGAUGAAAGUGGACGUGUAUUAUUAGUGGGUGAUUUGAUUAAAACUUCUCCUUUUAUUACCGGCACUGUGCUUGGUUUCUUAGGAAUGGAGGCAGAACCUGGAACAUUUCAAGUUUUAGAUAUUUGCUACCCAGAGGCUCUACCGCAAGCACCGAGGAAAGCAAUUGAGGGGAAGAAACUUGCACUAGUCUCUGGUCUUAACUUUUGUGUUGACAAUCCGACAUUAUCAUUUAAAGCUAAGCUCCUGCAGGAAGUUGUUGCAGGGGAUAUAGGAAGAGCGGAGAAAAUGGUAAAUGUUUGCAGAUUUUUGAUUUGCGGUGACUCAGUGAACUACAAAGAAGAUGGAAGUGACAUACACGGAGCGUUGGAAGGACUUGGCGCAUUUUUAGUCAAUAUUUUGAAAAGUGUACCCGUGACGAUAUUGCCUGGGGCAUCGGAUCCAACUGAAAGAAGUCUUCCACAGCAAGCAUUGAAUAAAGCCUUAUUCAAACAAACUUUGAAGCCUUUUUUUGCGAAGGUCAGAUGUGAACUGUUUGAAACUGUUACUAAUCCAUAUUGGUUUGAUUGUGAAGGUAUACAAAUUUUGGUAACAAGUGGUCAAACGAUUGAUGAUAUCUCGAAGUAUGUCGUUGAGACAACCCGUGCUGAAAAUUCUGUUCAAGAAGAAAUUGAGCAUAGACUAGAUCUCAUGGAAGCUACUUUGAAGUGGCAGAAUGUAGCACCGACAGCACCUGAUACACUUUGGUGUUUCCCUUAUAAAGAAAAUGACCCUUUUGUGUUAAAACAAUUACCACAUGUUUAUAUAGUGGGUAAUCAGCCAGGAUUUGGAUUCCGAAAAGCGAGCGUAGAAGGUGGGAGUCAGGUUGUACUGGUUACAUUACCCAAAUUUAGUGAAACGGGUAGUUUCGCUACUUUAGAUUUAGGUACAUUGGAUACUGAGAUAUUUACAAUUGAGUAUUAG